GAGGCAGGAGUCCGCGAUAGAGGAACCACCUGCAGACAGCAGCCGCUCUCAUUCCCCAGCAACGCCUCAAUAUGUUACGGUUUUGAUUCAACACUGUGUAAACGACAAAUAUUUCCUUCAUACAGUGGGUGAACACACACUGUCGUGGAAAUGCAACAGUUUAAGAAUUUAUCGAUUGGCCUCAUCUCCCUCUUAUGUGGGUUGACAAUUGGAGGCUCCCCAAGUGUUCAAAUUGGGGGCUUGUUUCCGAGGGGAGCUGAUCAGGAGUACAGCGCGUUUCGGAUCGGAAUGGUUCAGUUCGGAACGGCUGAAUUUAGACUGACGCCUCACAUCGACAAUCUGGAAGUAGCUAACAGUUUCGCUGUAACUAACUGCUUCUGUUCUCAGUUCUCAAGAGGAGUUUAUGCUAUUUUUGGAUUUUAUGACAAGAAGUCAAUGAACACAAUAACGUCGUUCUGUGGGACACUGCACGUCUCCUUCAUCACACCAAGCUUUCCCUUGGACGGAAAUCAGCAGUUUAUCAUUCAGAUGCGACCAGACAUCAAAGGGCCUCUCCUGAGCCUCAUUGAGUACUACAAAUGGGACAAGUUUGCCUACCUGUACGACAGUGACCGAGGACUUACCACACUCCAAGUUGUGCUGGACACAGCAGCAGAGAAGAAAUGGCAGGUGACCGCCAUCAACGUGGGCAACAUGAAGGAUGAGAGAAAGGAUGAAGCAUAUCGCUCACUCUUUCAGGACCUAGAAAACAAGAAGGAGCGGAGAAUCAUCCUUGACUGUGAGCAGGACAAAGUUAAAGAUAUCAUGGAACAGGUCAUAACUAUUGGCAGGCAUGUGAAAGGAUAUCACUACAUCAUAGCAAACUUGGGUUUUGUGGAUGGAGAUCUUUCAAAAAUCCAAUACGGUGGAGCUAAUGUCUCAGGCUUUCAGAUUGUGGAUUUCGAUGACCCUCUGGUAUCUAAAUUUGACCAGCGCUGGGAAGCCCUGGAGGAAAAAGAAUAUCCUGGAGCAGACAGCAAGAUACGGUACACUUCAGCACUGACAUAUGAUGCAGUUCAGGUGAUGACUGAGGCCUUCCGUUAUCUGCACAAACAGCGAAUUGACAUUUCCCGUAGAGCUAACAAUGGAGACUGCCUGGCCAAUCCUGCUGUACCUUGGGCACAAGGGGUGGAGAUAGAGCGUGCCCUAAAACAGGUGAGAGUUGAUGGUCUCACUGGUAAUAUUCAGUUUGACCAAUACGGAAAAAGGGUGAAUUACACAGUCAAUGUCAUGGAACUGAAAAGCAAUGGACCAGUUAAGAUUGGCUAUUGGAAUGAAGUUGACAAAAUGGUUGUGACAAAGUCUGAUCUCGUCCCAAAUGAUACAAUGGGGCUGGAAAACAAGACUGUGAUCGUCACCACUAUUCUAGAAGCGCCGUAUGUAAUGCUAAAGAAGAAUGCUGACCUUUUUGUGGAUAAUGAAAGAUAUGAGGGGUACUGUGUGGACUUGGCAGCUGAAAUAGCAAAACACUGUGGAUUUAAAUAUCAGCUGAAAAUAGUAGGAGAUGGCAAAUAUGGAGCCAGAGAUGCAGAGACGAAGAUCUGGAAUGGCAUGGUUGGAGAGUUGGUUUAUGGGAAAGCUGACAUAGCAGUGGCUCCACUGACUAUCACUUUAGUCAGAGAAGAAGUCAUCGACUUCUCAAAGCCAUUCAUGAGUUUGGGCAUCUCCAUCAUGAUCAAGAAGCCUCAGAAAUCCAAGCCUGGUGUUUUCUCUUUCCUGGACCCGCUGGCCUAUGAGAUCUGGAUGUGUAUCGUGUUUGCCUACAUCGGCGUAAGCGUGGUGCUUUUCCUGGUCAGUCGUUUCAGUCCAUAUGAGUGGCACACAGAGGAAUAUGAGGAUGGCCAGAUACAGACCAACGAGUCAACCAACGAGUUUGGGAUUUUCAACAGCCUUUGGUUCUCUCUUGGAGCUUUUAUGAGACAGGGCUGUGAUAUUUCACCAAGGUCUCUUUCUGGUCGCAUAGUUGGAGGAGUCUGGUGGUUUUUCACCCUGAUCAUAAUUUCAUCCUACACGGCUAACUUGGCUGCCUUCCUAACAGUGGAGAGGAUGGUGUCUCCAAUUGAAAGUGCAGAGGACUUAGCAAAGCAAUCAGAGAUUGCUUAUGGAACUUUAGAUUCUGGUUCAACAAAAGAGUUUUUCAGGCGUUCCAAAAUCGCUCUUUUUGACAAAAUGUGGACAUACAUGAAAAGCGCAGAGCCCUCUGUAUUUGUUAAGACGACAGCAGAAGGUGUAAUGCGGGUGAGGAAGUCCAAGGGGAAGUAUGCAUACCUGCUGGAGUCCACCAUGAACGAGUACAUCGAGCAGCGCAAACCCUGUGACACUAUGAAGGUCGGAGGAAACCUGGACUCCAAAGGCUACGGCAUCGCCACCCCCAAAGGAUCCUCAUUAAGAACGCCAGUAAACCUUGCAGUAUUGAAACUCAGUGAGCAAGGCACCUUAGACAAGCUGAAAAACAAAUGGUGGUACGAUAAAGGUGAAUGUGGAGCCAAGGACUCUGGAAGUAAGGAGAAGACCAGCGCUCUCAGCCUGAGCAAUGUGGCUGGGGUCUUCUACAUCCUAGUGGGCGGCCUGGGCCUGGCCAUGCUGGUGGCCUUGGUCGAGUUCUGUUACAAGUCCCGAGCCGAGGCCAAGCGCAUGAAGGUGACCUUUUCAGAUGCUACGAGGAGCAAAGCGAGACUGUCUAUUACUGGGAGUACUGGCGAGAAUGGACGUGUGAUGAGUCCUGAGUUCCCCAAAGCAGUACAUGCGGUGCCCUUUGUUAGACCUGGUGUGGGAAUGAACAUCAGUCUGACUGAUCUCUCCUGAUGGAUAAGAACCUGCCGAGUGCCUUACACAAUGGUUUUCAAUAGAGCGCGUUCUAUUCUCUUUCCUGUCGCUCUCUCCCCUAUCUCUCACCUGAAUGGAGGACGGAGGCCUCAUUUGAUGUCAUAGAGACAUAAUCCUUCCUUGGCCCUUUAUAACAAAAGAUGCACUCUUCUAUUGGAAAUACACCGACUGACACAAAGACACUCACUUAGCGAGCUGAUGACAUCUACCCCCUGUAACGGAUAUUUUUGACGACAACUUGAAACACAUAGAAGCUCUUUGCGGGAAAGAGAGAAGUUAAUAAAGUCUGUCUGUUUUCAUAGCUGACGCCGUUCCGAUGUCUAUUUCAGCUCAAGCACACUUUACCAUCAUCUGCUUCAGGAUGUGAAAUGUCUUUUUAUUAAUAAAACGAACAAAAAAUCUCUAUGAAAAAGUAUUUUUAUGUAUUUUCACAGAAAUGGCUUUUAAAUAAACCUGCUUACAUUCCAGUUAAUUAAAGCUGUAAAUCAUAAUCUCAACAUACUUUUAAGAGCUUAGCUACUAGUUUCACAUUUUAAUGCCAAAUAUGUUGCUUAUCUUGUAAUUUAUUAGUCCUCUUCUGAUACAUUCAUUAACAUUUUGGUGUUAAUAGGAAAUAUCUAGCAAUGCUUGUCAUUUGAAAUCUGUUUGAAAAGUGGGUGCCGCGGUUAUGAUCUCUUACUUUCAUCGACUUU